AAAUGGUGGUUUCUAGCUUGCACCAAAUGCAAAAAGUCUUCACCUCAAACCUCCACUGGAUACCGCUGUACAUCAUGUGGUUGUACAGACGUAAAGUUUAGAAUGUUGACGAAUAUACAGAUCAACUGACCAACAAUGAAUUGUCAUCACCACCCAAAAAGAUGAAGCACACCCAGGUUAGUAAAGCCAUGCCAGAUUCUACAUGUUCCAAGAAUGACAACAUUUAGUCCAUCCUGAAAUACAUCAAGGUAGAGGCUGCUUGGCGAGUCAAAAAUACAUUUGGUCAUCUUCCCUGCUUGGAGUUGGAGUUGAGACGCCGACGCGGCGCCCGAGAAGAAUUUGCGGAUGGAUUCGCUGCGCAGCGUGUUGGAGUCGAUUCAGGCGAUGCAGAUCCGCCCCGUGGUCGCCCAAAUCAUCACCCUAGGUGAGGCUGAGGGAUGAUCCUAACUUCGGCAUUGAUCCUAUGGAAAGGAUUGGUCGUCGUAACAGGGAGUGAGUCGCCGGUUGUGGUGGUUCUAUCUGGAAGCAUGGAGCCUGGGUUUCGAAAGGGUGAUGUCCUGUUUCUGCACAUGAAUAAGGACCCUGUCCGCACAGGAGACAUAGUUGUUUUCAAUGUCGAGGGCCGUGAUAUUCCAAUUGUCCAUCGUGUGAUCAAGGUUCAUGAGCGCCAUGAUACGGUGGACUCUGACAUUCUCACGAAAGGUGACAAUAAUCCCGGGGAUGACCGAGUCCUGUACGCACAUGGGCAGCUUUGGCUGCAGCGACAGCACAUCAUUGGACGGGCUGUUGGCUAUCUGCCUUAUGCUGGGUGGCUUACAAUCGUCAUGACGGAGAAACCAGUCCUCAAGUAUCUGCUAAUUGGUGCACUGGGGCUGCUGGUGGUAGCAUCCAAGGAGUGACGUUAAAGAUUUAUUCACGCCUUGCCUGCGCUUGUCACCGCACUUGCCAGGACCCAGAUGAUGGCCACUGCACGCAGAGUGUUCGACAAAAUGGCCAGGGCGGGCUCGCUGUCAGCACGCACAUCUACAACGCCAUGUUGAUUGAUUCUCCUAUAACACCGUCAUUGCCCUCUACUGCAGGAAGGGCAUGAGGUACGAGGCCAUGUGUGCGCGGGACUGCAUGGCAUGGGCAAGGAGGGGAUACGAGCGGACACUGUCACAUGGAACCCCUUGAUCCAUGGCCUGUUCAAGGAUGCCAGGGUGAAGGAGGCGGCUCAGCUCUUCACGGAGAUGGUAGCGACACAGGUGAUGCCGGACAAUGUGACCUAGACCACACUGAUUGAUGGGCAGCAGUUCAAUCAGUUCACUUACAAGGCUCUCAUCCAUGGAUUCUGCAAGCCAAGGAGCUAGAUGAAGCCAAGGAAACCUUCUUUCACAUGGUUGAUGAAGGUGCUUUGAAUGCAUCUUAUAUCUUAUGGUUCCAGUUAGUAAAAAAAGCGACCUAGUGCUGGAGAUUCCCAUAUGAGUGGAGUGGGGUCUGUCUGAUAUGGUUCCAGUUAGUACCACUAGCUAAUUGCAAGGACCGCAUUUGGCAGUUGAAAUGGCACUAAGAUCAUUGUGUCGCUAUCGUAGGCAACCAGUUUGCAAUCUCACUGAUUAUCUUGCGAGAAUAUCAUAAACUAUAUCUUCUGAUGACGUGGUUGCUUUUGCUGUAUGCUGGGUUUUCACCCAAUUAUAUCAUAUUUUCAUGGCUUGUCGAUGGUUUCUGCAAGAAGAACAAUGCAGAUGCAAUGCUAGCCACCCCUGAUGAACUUACGGAAAGAGGCCUUCCACCAGAUAAAGCGGUAUAUAGAUAUCUGAUUCCAAGGCUUUGCAGAAAAGGGCUGGUUGAUCAGGCACAAUAAGUGUUUGACCAGAUGCAGGGCAAAAGCCUUAGUUGGUGGCAGCCUUGUAUUCACCACACUUGCAUACACGUAUCUGACAGAAGGAAAGCAAGUUAUUGCUUCCAAUAUCUUGGAUGAUAUGGCAAAUAAUCAAUACAUAACGCCCAAGUUUUACAAAUGUCUGUGUACCUCUUAUGCUGAUUGAAGGAAACCCUUAAUAUGAUGUGGGUUUGCGGCUUUGCGCUAUUUUGAGAGGCUUAAUCACAAAGAGUGUACAAACUGAUGCACCAAGCGAGGCUGGGACCAAUGAAGCUUGCAGUUGAGAAUGGGGUAUGUGCUCCUGUUUCAAGGCCAGGCUAUCUAGGGGCAGGGGCUACACCUGAUACUUGAGUACAAUUGGAUCAGUCUUCGUUGGUGUUAUCGCUGAAUACCUUGAUCUUUGAGAUGUAUUAUCUGGGAUUGUGUUGCAGCCAGGUGUGGAAGAUAUUCAUCCCUUGCGGCUUUCAGCUUUGGGUCAGUAUUCAGCUCCGAAGAAAGUAUUCAAGCCAAAUGAGAAUAUGAAAAACUUCUGUCAAGGCUCUGUCCAAAGCGUAUAAGGAAGUCUAUUGGUGCCAGGCAAAUAUCGCUUGAUUCUUUGGGUGGUGUUGGUGGUACAGAAACUGUGCUGGACUGCAGACCGACUUGCUCAAUGAAAUUUGCCGCAUCGGGGUGUGCUGUCAUCACUGUGAUCAGGUCGAUGAGACAGCUGAUCACCUGCUCACUAAUUGUGCCUAUACGGUUCUGUUGAAGAUAGAUCCUCUGAUUACUGGUGGAGCACAGACAGUUAGUGGACUGGUGCAGAAAGGCCUCAAUUCUUAAGCAUCAGAAUCUCUUAUGUUUUCAAAUUCAAUGGUGCUGCCCAGACAUGGCAGGUGCCUUGCUGCUUGCUGAUGAGGAGCUGCAGCUUUGGGGAAUGGCUGGGGGCUCUAGGGCUUAGACUGUCUCCAGCAACGUUCUCUAUAUACAUUCUCUAUAUCCGUCUUUUACAGUGUUCUCUAAAAGAUUUCAUCUCCUAUAUCUACUUUCUCUCCAACAACGUCCUCUAAAUCACGUCCUC